AUGUCUAAUAUUCCAGUUAUUGUUCAGCAUAGUGGGCAUUGGAAUGAAACUACAAACUAUACGGCUUUUAAGGUUUUUAGUUUGUUAGUUGCUCUGAAUUAUGAUUAUGCCAAGCUGUUGGGAAUGAUAUGCAAUGAACUUCAGUUGAAAACAGAAUCAACUUCGGUGAUAAUUGAAUAUCAAGCCAAAGAUGGUUAUCCUCCUUUCAAAAUAGUUGAUGACCUCCAUGUUAUGUUCUAUCUAGAGCUCAAGAAAAGGGAACCAGAAUUAACCAAAUAUCCUUUGUGUGUGUCGUUUGAGAACCGAAUUCAGCAACUAUCAUCUCUGUCUAAUCGUAGUGAAAUGACAAAUGAUGAAUUGUGUGCUGAGGUUCAAAGUAUUCAGGGCAUAUCUUCAAAUACUGACCUUCUUAACAGCAAUGAGGUGAAUACAGAGAUUGUUGAAGAUUAUGUUGAUUAUGCAGAGGAAAUAUCUCGACAAAUGAUGGAGUUGUCACCUAUAGCAAGUUCACAGGAAGAAAUAAUUGAAAUCAGCAAGGAAGCAGUUAUCAGCAACAAGCAGCAUAAAGAUUUAGCAUUGUUUCAGAAAUAUAAAGAUAAGGAAACAUUGCAGAUGGUUCUUAGUUUCUAUGCUAUCAACAACAAUUGUCAGUAUAAGGUUAAAAAGUCUUGCAAGAAUGAGUACUAUCUGGUAUGUGUUGACAAAAAUUGCGAGUGGAAGUUGCGGGCAUCAAGAAGUGGAAACACAAAUCACUUUAUCAUCAGAACAUUUGUCAACAGUCAUACUUGUUCUCUUGAAAUAAGAUUCAAGAAUCAACGUCAAGCAACAACAAGUGUUAUAGCAGAUGUUAUAAAACACAAGUUUGCGAAUAUCAAGACAAAAUACAAUGUUGCUGAUAUUAUUAGAGAUAUGAAGCAUGAUCAUAAUGUGCAAAUCAAAUACAACAAAGCUUGGAGAUCAAAAGAGAAAGCUAAGGAAAUUAUGCAAGGGAAUGCAACCCAAUCUUUUGCUGAUUUAUAUUCUUAUUUGUAUAUGCUAUACACUACAAAUGCAGGAUCAAUAGUUGAGUUGCAACUGACUCAGAAUAAUUGUUUCCUAUAUGUGUUAGUCGCGUUGAAUUGUUCAAUAAAAGGCUGGAUGUUCUGUCUACCUGUGGUUGUGGUUGACGACACAUUUUUGAAAUCAUCUUAUGGAGGGACUUUAUUGGUUGCAGCAACUCAAGAUGCUGGAGGGAAAAUAUUUCCAUUAGCUUUUGCUGUAGUUGAUUCAGAGAAUGAUCAUUCAUGGCAAUGGUUCUUUGAGAAGUUUAGAAAGGCUUAUGGUGGAAGAGAAGACAUGGUGAUAGUAUCUGAUCGACAUGAAAGUAUAAUCAAGGCUGCCAACACAGUGUAUCCAGAGGUACCAAAUGUUUUCUGCGUUUUUCACCUACUUGGAAACAUUAAAAGCAAGUUCAAGAAAAACUUGAAGAAAAUAAAAGAGGCAUUCUGGUGUGCUGCAAAUGCUUAUACUUUAAAGAAGUUUAAUUACCACAUGAAGGAAUUGGAAAAAGUUGACAACAGGGUGCAAUUGUUUUUGGAAGAGAUUGGCUAUGAGAAGUGGUCCAAGGUGCAUUCAACAAAUAACAGGUACUCUAAUAUGACAUCAAAUGUUGCAGAGUCUCUCAAUUCUGUCAUAAUUUCUAUCAGGGAACUCCCAAUCUGCACAAUGUUAGAAAGUUUAAGAUCUUUGAUUCAAAAAUGGAGCUGGAGAAAUAGGAAUGAAGCUACUGCUACAUCAACAAUAUUAACUAGGAAAUAUGAAGAUCAGUUGAAGAAAAACUACACGUUCUCAGUUGAUCUGACUGUUCAUCCAACAAAUCACAUCAUUUUUGAAGUCGUUAAUGCUAACAAAAAGAACAUAGUUGAUCUCAGCAACAAAACUUGCACCUGCAAAAGGUUUGAAUUGGAUCAAAUUCCAUGUGGUCAUGCCAUUGCAGUUCUGCAAAUGUCUGGCCUUGAUGUUUAUGACUACUGUUCAACUUAUUACCGCAAGGAGACGAUGAUUUCAGCAUAUAAAGAAAAUGUGUAUCCUGUUGGCAGCAAAGAAAAUUGGGAAGUGCCCGACAGUGUGAAGGCAUUGAUAGUGUACCCUCCAGAAGGAAGAAUUCGAGUUGGCAGGCCAAAGAAAAACAGAUGCAAACCCCACUGGGAAAGAAAUGCAAUAACUUUUAAACCAAUUAAAUGCAACAAAUGUCACCAAACUGGACAUAACAGAAGAACAUGUAGGAAUCCAAUGAAAAACAAAUAG